GAAGAGGCAGGAAGACAGGACCAUGUCGAAGGGCCCCGGGCCCGGCGGCUCCGCAGCUUCCUCGGCGCCCCCGGCCGCUACCGCUCAGGUGCUGCAGGCACAGCCCGAGAAACCGCAGCACUACACGUACCUGAAGGAAUUCCGCACGGAGCAGUGCCCCCUCUUUGUACAACACAAAUGCACUCAGCACCGGCCCUACACCUGCUUCCACUGGCACUUCGUGAACCAGCGACGUCGCCGGUCCAUCCGCCGUCGGGACGGCACCUUCAACUACAGCCCUGACGUCUACUGCACCAAGUACGACGAGGCCACAGGCCUCUGCCCGGAGGGCGACGAGUGCCCAUUCCUGCACAGGACCACAGGGGACACUGAGCGCAGGUACCACCUGCGCUACUACAAAACUGGAAUCUGUAUCCAUGAGACAGACUCAAAAGGCAACUGCACCAAAAACGGCCUGCACUGCGCUUUUGCCCACGGGCCCCAUGACCUCCGUUCCCCUGUCUACGACAUCAGAGAGCUCCAGGCGAUGGAGGCCUUGCAGAACGGCCAGACCACAGUAGAGGGCAGCAUAGAGGGCCAGACGGCUGGGGCUGCGAGCCACGCCAUGAUAGAAAAAAUCCUCAGUGAGGAGCCACGGUGGCAAGAGACCGCUUAUGUGCUGGGGAACUAUAAGACGGAGCCAUGCAAGAAGCCCCCGAGGUUGUGCCGCCAGGGCUAUGCCUGUCCCUACUACCACAACAGCAAGGACCGGCGGCGGAGCCCCCGGAAACACAAAUACAGGUCAUCUCCGUGUCCCAACGUAAAACAUGGGGAUGAGUGGGGAGACCCUGGCAAGUGUGAGAACGGAGAUGCCUGCCAGUACUGUCACACCCGCACGGAGCAGCAGUUCCACCCAGAGAUCUAUAAAUCCACCAAGUGCAACGACAUGCAGCAGUCAGGCAGCUGUCCCCGAGGACCUUUCUGCGCCUUCGCCCACGUAGAACAGCCACCCCUCAGUGACGAUCUACAGCCUUCCUCAACCGUGUCGAGCCCCACUCAGCCGGGUCCUGUCUUGUACAUGCCAUCUGCUGCCGGAGACUCGGUGCCCGUGAGCCCUUCCAGCCCGCAUGCCCCUGACCUCAGCACUCUCCUCUGUAGAAACAGCAAUCUAGGAAGCCCAUCUAAUCUCUGCGGCUCCCCCCCGGGCUCCAUCAGGAAGCCCCCAAACCUGGAAGGCAUUGUCUUCCCUGGGGAGUCUGGCCUCGCCCCUGGCAGCUAUAAGAAGGCUCCUGGCUUUGAGAGGGAAGACCAGGUGGGAGCUGAGUACCUGAAAAAUUUUAAAUGCCAGGCCAAGUUAAAACCCCACUCACUAGAGCCCAGGAGUCAAGAGCAGCCUCUCCUUCAGCCCAAACAGGACAUGCUGGGCAUCCUUCCCGUGGGCAGCCCCCUGACCUCAAGCAUCUCUUCUAGUAUCACCUCCAGCCUGGCAGCUACUCCUCCUAGCCCUGCCGGCACCAGCAGCGUCCCUGGCAUGAAUGCAAAUGCUCUGCCCUUCUAUCCCACCAGCGAUACGGUAGAGUCAGUCAUAGAGUCUGCCUUGGAUGACCUGGACUUGAACGAGUUUGGGGUGGCUGCCCUAGAGAAGACUUUCGAUAACAGCACGGUGCCCCACCCAGGCAGCAUCACAAUUGGUGGCAGUUUGCUGCAGAGCUCUGCACCCGUGAACAUCCCUGGCUCCUUGGGCAGUUCUGCUUCCUUUCACUCAGCAUCCCCAUCCCCUCCUGUCAGUCUGUCCUCACAUUUCCUGCAGCAGCCCCAGGGCCACCUGAGCCAGUCAGAAAACACAUUUUUGGGGACCUCAGCAUCACAUGGAUCUUUGGGUCUGAACGGGAUGAAUAGCAGCAUCUGGGAGCAUUUUGCCUCUGGUAGCUUCUCCCCAGGCACUUCCCCUGCCUUCCUGUCAGGGCCAGGGGCUGCUGAGCUGGCCAGGCUGCGGCAAGAGCUCGAAGAAGCUAAUGGCACCAUCAAGCAGUGGGAGGAGUCCUGGAAGCAGGCUAAGCAGGCUUGUGAUGCCUGGAAGAAGGAGGCAGAGGAGGCCGGUGAGCGGGCCAGUGCAGCAGGUGCCGAGUGCGAGCUGGCCCGGGAGCAGCGGGAUGCACUGGAGGGGCAGGUUAAGAAGCUGCAGGAAGAGCUGGAGCGGCUUCACUCGGGUCCGGACCCGCAGGCCCUACCCACCUUCUCUGACCUGGAGGCCCUCUCGCUCUCUACCCUUUACUCCCUCCAGAAGCAGCUGCGGGCCCACCUGGAGCAAGUGGACAAGGCCGUGUUCCACAUGCAGUCGGUGAAAUGCCUUAAGUGUCAGGAGCAGAACCGAGCGGUGCUGCCAUGCCAACACGCCGUGCUGUGCGAGCUCUGUGCCGAGGGCAGCGAGUGCCCCGUCUGCCAGCCCAGCCGGGCCCACACCCUCCAGUCGUGACCCUGCAGGCCCGGCCCCGGCCUGGCUCAGAUCUUCUUACCUAGGACUUUUUAAAGUAUAUAUAUAUAUGUAUGUAUGUAUGUAUGUAUGUAUAUGUAUAUGAUUCUGUAUAUGUAUACAUUUCUGUACGUGUGCAGGUAUGCGUGGGCAGCAGUGUGUGAACAGUGUCUGUGUGUAUAUCUGUACAUAGAUAUAGACACACACUUUAAAACAGACUUACCAAGCACUUUUUAAAAGAAACUAUUUUGCAGCCCUCCCCUUGCCCUCUCUCUCCUUUUCCAUUGCAGAGACAAAGUCCCUUCAUUGCCCACCGGCCUUUUGGCAGGGGAUGUGUUUCUGUCUCUUUUUAAUGUAGGAAAACUAACUAGUUUUAACUUCUUCCUGGGGCCCAAGCAGAAAGCUGGAAGGGGCCGAGGGGAGGGACCCAGCCUUCAGGGCAGGCCCUGUUCACUGCACCUCCCCAGGCCAGGGUGAGAGCCAGGGAUGUGGACAUCCCGGGAACAGACCUGCUUCCCAGCUGUGAGGCUUGAGGAGGUGGCUGUGCUGGGGUCUAAGCUGGCCUAGCUCCUAGGUUUACCAAAUGUAUAUUUAGUCUGGGGCUGGCAGGCCAAAGCUGCAGAGGCCAGCCCCACUCCCAACCCUGGGCCCUUGAAGCUCCUGGAGGGGCAAGGCCUGGGUGUUCUACCCCUCAGGUUCCUGAGGCCAGGGGUCCGCCUCAGUCCUCUCCCUCCGGGCCCCCAGAGCAGCCUCCCCGGCCCCAGGACCCCCAACCAGACUGGCACUGCCCUCUUCCUAACUCCCCAGCUGCUGUCAGCUUCCCCCCUUUCCCCUCCCUCCCUCUGGCAGCUAGCAGGGCAAUGGGUGGGGAGGAGCUGCGGACUGAGGACCAAGGUGGGGCUUAAGCCCUGCCCUCCUCAUGGGAGGGGCUCCGUAUGCAUUCCUUGGUGCUCUCUGAGUGCAGCUGACGUCCUGCCCUUUGGAGCGGACGCCUGUAUACAUGUGUGUGCGUGCCUGUCCAAUGUAUAUUGUGUCUUAGCUUCCAUUUUAAAAAUUGUUCUGUACAGAAAGAUGCAGCGGGGGUGGGAGGGCAGAGCAGGUGGAGGGAAGCCACCCUGCUCCCAGCGCUGGGGGUCUGGGGAUGGGAGCGAGAGGGCUGUGAAGGGUCUGGCCUGGCCCAGGCUCCCCCUUGGGCUCAGCACGAAAGGGCUUUCAAUGAAUUAAGUGAAAACUUUUUUUUUACAAAAAUGC